UCGUUCUUGAAGAAAUCAGAAUUAUAUUCAUCGUCAAGAAAGAAACAUCCUUUCUUAGCUCUCUCUCUCUCAAACAUGCUAAGAUCAGACGAGGAAGACGCUUCAGAGCUCAAGAUUGGAGACGAUUUCUUGAAGGCGAAAUGUUUAAUGAAUAGUGAGGUUGCCAUUCUGCUUGAGCAUAGAUGUGAUCAGAUGAAGCAUAUGUCUGGCGAUUCAACGACCCAACUUCCUCAAGUGUUGGAGAAAUCACUGCAGUAUGUUAAGCGCUUCAGUCGCUUCACGAAUCAGGGCUCUGUAAAGCAAGUUCGAGAAGUCCUGAGUAGAUACCAAUUGGCUGAAUUCGAGCUGGCUGUCAUUGGGAAUCUCUGUCCUGAAAAUGUGGAAGAAGCCAAGUCAGUUGUGCCUUCCCUCAAGACCAAAGGACGUGGGCAUGAUGAUGAAGCCAUUGAGAGACUGUUAAAUGACCUCUUAAUGAUUAAAAAGUUUGAGUGAAAAAUAUGUGCUUCCUUCCAGCCUUCCAUGUUUCUGUCGUUAGCUACUAGUUUAUAGCAUGUUUUGAUUUAUGGCCCAAUGGUCUUGUCUUGAGGCAGGCUUGGUUGUGUAUGGAGUUUAAGCAUAUGGGCCACGUUAGGCCAGACAACAAGACUAUCGAAGCACAGUCGAGUUUAAUCCAAGAAACAUAUUUCAUUUUCA